AACUGUAAUUGUUGUGUAAUAUUAAUACAGCAGUUCUGUUAUAAACUCAGAACAAAAUAUUUCUCGUUUUUGUUGUUGUGUUUUUCACAGCAGACAUUUUGCCUUGUUAUAGCAGGAGAAGUACAGAUGGUAUUAAACAUGUCACAUGACCGUGUGGCGGUGAGCCAGCAUGCACAACACGACGGCGUCUAAUAUUUUGCCCACCUAGUUGACUUUCAUUGUGUAGUGGAUCGAGAAUAUUAUUAAUACUGUUUUGUGCUUUAUCUGGAGGCCCAUCUUGUAUCCGAGUCCUGAUGCAGGCAGCCAUCAGCUAUGGGAGGAAAAUGUCACCAGACUGUAUGUUUAGAUACGAAGGCUGGGAAAAGUCGUCAUAGGCAUCCUGGCUCUUUCACACACUGAUAAGUCUCAGUCAGAAUUAUUUUUAAAUGAAGCCAGAACAGAGUAUGCAUCUGUUUAGUCUGACUGAAAGUGAGCUGUCAACAGCAGUCAGUCUGUUGUGUACCUGCACAACGCAGAGUGAUACCUGAGCUGUGAUGACGACGAAAUGGAUCAUUGAAACGCUACUCUGAUGUUGUGUUGUUAUGUCCAUUAGGAAAUGCUGGAACAGGAGCAGUUAUGCUGUCAUUAGCAAUGGGAGACCAGCAGUGGGUCUGUUGUUGAGCCUGCUGAUGACCUUCAGCUAAAGGUCCCCACUGCUUUAAUACAGUAUGCCUGAAAAUGUGCAGUAGGCUGAAAUUACACACACAAAGCCUUUUUAUCGUGGUGAUGUCGGUUUUAUCCACAUCGGUUUGUUUGCCGCUUUAUAAGCUUUCAGUCAGUUGCUGAGAAGUAAGCUGGAGUUUGAAGGGCACCAACUGCACUGGAAAAUUAAAAAGUGAAGAGGUCUGCUGCUACAGCUUGUCUUUUUCUGUGAUUAUGCAAGGACAACAAAGCUGCUGUUCUUCUUGCAAAGAUGUUGCCAUUUUGAUUAGAUUUACAGCGUGCAUGUGAGGAACUCGUCUUCUAGUAGAAGCCGAUCUGCUGCUCGUCUUCCAGGCAGACUCUGGAAAGCAGAACAAACAGAAAUACUGUCUGAUGCUCGGCCGCAGCUGCCUCAGCCGCCGUCAUGUUCACCAAAAAGAAGAAGUCUCGUAUCCAGAUCUCCGCUCCGUCUAACUUUGAGCAUCGUGUGCAUACAGACUUCGACGAGCAGGAGCAGAAGUUUGUCGGACUGCCAAGGCAAUGGCAGUCGCUCAUCGAGGACACGGCCAAAAGGCCCAAACCCUUCAUCGACGUAACUGUCAUCACUACUGUAGAGCCACGCAAGACUAUUGUACGUGGCAGCAAGCUGGGAGCGGACGGCUCUCUGACGUGGCUGUUGGAUGAAUUUGACACCAUGUCUGUGACUCGCUCCAACUCCCUGCGACGAGGCAGCCCUCCCACCCAGCCUCGCAAGGACUCAACCUCUUCAGGAGGAGGAGGGCACGAGAACGGCGAUCCUCAUCACAGACACUACUCACACCCAGACAGACAGGACAGAGACCGACCCAGACCAGACCAUCAGAGUGGAGGUGACCCCCGCCCGGGUCAGCGUGCGGUCCGUCCUCAGUGGGAUGAGGUAGGCCAGGCUCGUCCCCAGCAGCAGCCCCGGGGCCAAGAGCCCAGCAGGGCCCACAGGGAUAGGCCAGGCUCCGGCCCUCCUCCUCCACCUCACAGAGAUAGAGAGCCUCGGGACCGGGACCAGGAUCAACCCAGUGACCACAGGCCAAAGUCCAGCUACAUGGUACGGGAUGGCAGCCCUCAGUCUCCUCGGGACAAGAGGCCUCUUUCUGGGCCCAACAUCCGCACCCCAAACCUGCCAGUAACAGAUGGGGUGAUGAAGACUGCCCAGCAGACCACACGGCCGUUUAACACCUACCCGAGGGCAGACAGCGAAGGUGGACGCAGUCCCACAGGACAGCCGGUUCGACACCAUGAAUCCUCCCCUCAAAAUGGUCCCUCUAAAGGUUCCACCCGAGGGUCGUCCAGCUCCAAGCCCCCUGUAAGCCACCCUCAUCACACCUCCCACCCAAGCCUGACCCCUGAAGCCACCCAGCACCCACAUACGCCUCACCCCAACGUUCCAGCCCCACGGCCCCCUGUGCCCUCCGGGCCCCCAGCUUCGGGUGCUCCACCCCAGGGCCGCUCACCGCAGAGGGAGCCCCAGAGGGUCUCUCAUGAGCAGUUCAGAGCAGCACUACAGAUGGUGGUGGAUCCUGGCGAUCCACGGACCUACCUGGACCACUACAUUAAGAUAGGGGAAGGGUCCACAGGGAUCGUGUGCAUCGCCACAGUGAAGACGACAGGGAAGCUGGUUGCUGUGAAGAAGAUGGACCUGAGGAAACAACAGCGCAGGGAACUCCUCUUCAACGAGGUGGUAAUCAUGCGAGACUAUCACCAUGAGAACGUGGUGGAGAUGUACAACAGCUACCUGGUGGGAGACGAGCUCUGGGUCGUCAUGGAGUUCCUGGAGGGAGGAGCUCUCACUGACAUUGUGACACACACCAGAAUGAACGAGGAGCAGAUCGCCACAGUGUGUCUGUCUGUCCUGAAGGCGUUGUCUGUCCUGCACGCACAGGGUGUGAUCCACAGAGACAUCAAGAGUGACUCCAUCCUCCUCACUCACGACGGCCGGGUGAAGCUGUCAGACUUUGGUUUCUGCGCCCAGGUGUCGAAGGAAGUGCAAAAAAGGAAGUCUCUGGUUGGGACGCCAUACUGGAUGGCACCUGAGCUCAUAUCCAGGCUGCCUUAUGGGCCAGAGGUGGACAUCUGGUCGCUGGGUAUCAUGGUCAUAGAGAUGGUGGACGGGGAGCCGCCGUACUUCAACGAGCCGCCGCUCAAAGCCAUGAAAAUGAUUCGAGACAACCUGCCUCCUAAACUGAAGAACCUGCACAAGGUCUCUCCUCUGCUUAAGGGCUUCCUGGACAGGAUGCUGGUGCGAGACCCAGCUCAGAGGGCCACGGCCAGCGAGAUCCUCAAACACCCCUUCCUGACCAAGGCGGGCCCGCCGUCCUGCAUCGUCCCCCUGAUGAGGCAGAACAGGAUGAGAUGAGACGAGCGACUGUGAGACCUCCGGACUGUGGAGGGCGCCGUGUGCAGGUUCAGAUGGAACAGAAUACUCCUGCACACAGAGGAGGGGCCCUCAGGGGUCAGAGGUCACAGACGGGAAGGUCUGUGCUUCGGGCAGAACUCAAACGUGCCGCUGAGUGUAAACUGGGUGUGCAGGAGUAUUCUAUUUUUCUUAUGUGAAUCACUGAACUGCGGGGAGUGUGUUCCCUUGAUAAGAGGCAAUAAGGCGGUGUGUGUGUGUGUGUGAGUGUGUGUGUGUGUGUGUGUGUGUGUACAUGUACAUGUAUGUGUGUGAACACUGCUGACGACGGUGUUUCAUGGCUCAUACACGUGUGUGAGAUCUCUCUUGGAGAGAGCAGAGCAGAGAAGCCACAACUUGCUUGUCGAGUGAGUUUUAGCCGAUUUCACGCUUUUGUUUUGAUUGAAGGGCCGAACCUGGAAAGCUUAAGGACUCUGGAUGUUUUUAUUCCUCUGUUUCGACCUUACCUGGAUUUUAAGGGUGAAGGUGGGGGUUUUUGCACGCCAAUCAGAUGCUUUGAAGGAGCUGCGAGUCCAUUGGCUGAUUCUAGAGACUUUUUGUUGUUUUUUAAUCUCACUACUCUCCUAUACUCCGACUUUUCUCACUAGCGGGACUUCUCCUCUCGCAGACGGAUCCCGGACUCGGACGCCGUCCUCGCCACGCCCAGAACUUACUACUGAGAGAGGAAACCUGUUGACUCAGAAAUGAGUCAGACGGACUUUUAUUUUGUAGCCAUAUAAAUACUAGCUUCCUGUUGUAAACAAGCAAACAUACACUAAGUCAAAAGGUAAACACUGGAGAUGAUUUUUUUCCUUUUAUUUCCUCAUUAAUUCCCUGUGUAAGUACAAUGAACAUAGAGAGAUUUAUCAGUCCUGAUGUUUUACUGUCUCUAUUUUGUGAUCGUUUUUUUUUAUUGUUGUGAUUUGUUUCUUGGUUUAUAUUAGAAGAAGAUGUGAUUGACUUUUGAAGCACUGUCGAGCAGAGAUAGAAGCUGCACUCACGGUUGAUUCCAGCACGCAGAUAAUAGACACUAGACGUUUUGUUUCGUUGUUGUUGUUUAUUUUAUUUUAUUUUGUUAAACACCCGACUGAAUGGGACUUUUAAAUCGUAAAGCUCUGCGGUUAAGGUGUCACUGGGACCAGCAGGAAAGGUUUUACAGAAACAGGAGAAGCAGAGAGAAAAAGAGGGUGAAGAAUCCUGAAGACGAGCGUGGGCUCUUCCUCUCCCUGUUUAUCUCAGUCAGCUGUUAGGAGUAACUCGCUGCACACACUGAUGGUUCUUCUGAGGUAGAAAAACAAAAGAACAAGAGCUGCUUUGUCAGCGAGUUUGUUUUUAAACUCCUUACUUCACUACAACACUACAUACAAAGUCAUCACGUGCUUCUGCUGCCCCACUUUUCUCACUGAAUCGAUUAAUGUUUGAUCGGUCGGUUAACGCGUCUGGCAGAGCACACAGAGGAGCGUCGGGGCGGGUUGAAGUCGUCCUGGACGGCGGAGCACAAAGGCUGGAAGCAAACGAUCACCUGCAAAGCGUUAAACACGUGUUUUUGUUGGCGGUUCGGUUCGGUUCGGACCAGAACUCAGUCGAGUCGAGUCGCCUCGCGUCCCAUCGCUUUUCAUCUCUGAACUUUUGAUGCUUCCCACCAAUCUGCUGCUCCGUCAUAAUAAGCUUUUGAUAAAACAAACAAAAACAAAAACCAGAACUUAAGUCCCUGUGAUUCUGUAUUAAAGGGACAGUUCACCCCAGAACCCCACAGAGAGGAAGAGCGUGUUUCAUUUUGGGUCGAACUGUCCCUUUUUAAUGUCGCGCAGCCUCACUAACAUCACUAACUGCUGCCUGCAUGUGUGUUGGUCGUGCCAGGCGCGAUGCUCAAUCCAGUAACCACACGGUGAAGACGUUUCCUUCCAGAUGACGUGACGCCGCCGACGCGUGCGCGCGCAGGCUGACCGCUGGUCAGAGGUAAAGUCCGUCCCCGCUGCCGGAGGUCGCGGUGGACGUGUUGGACUUUGACUGCCUGGCAGCUCAGCAGACAGCGACGUGUCUCGGCUGUGUCGGGUUUCUGCCUCUGUGUUGUGGUCACGAGUGGGACGUGCGGCUAAUGAGUCACAGAUGAGGAAACGCGUUGUGGUGUCUUAAUGAGAGGCGCGAAGGCUGAGCCCAGUGAAGUGAAAGAUGGCCGACUUUCAGGUGGAGUGUUUUAAAAGUCCCGGGUUUUGGGGGACUGGGGCCUCCUGCUGAGUGCUGGUGACUGUCAUCCGGUGUGUUUCUUGCUGUGCUUUCUGAGGCUUCUGGUGAAAAUGACCAGCCAAUCACUGGGAUUGAUUGAAUUUGUUUUGGAGCCACUGAGCGGAAAAUCCAUUUCGAGAGUUUAGUAAUGAUAUUAGAGAGAAGUGCUGUGAUGUCUCGGCAGGUUUUCUCCUUCUCUGACAAUAACAACAACAUGUGUUAGUACUUCCUGACUGUCCACGCUGCAGCCUUUUGUUUCUGUUUGACUCGCGCCAAAACAAGUCAGUUCGUUGACCUGCGCGGCGUCGUGAGUCGCAGUCUGGAGAAGGUGGGACGUCAGGUUGAUCAUCUGACUUCCUGUUAUGCAUCCAACUUUGGCGUCCUUGUAUUUGGAUUUGAUUCUGGACGUGGGUUCCUCGCAGUGGCCCUGCGUGUUUCCCGCAUCGUUUGUUUCCUGCCGUGCAGCCAAACACACACACACAAAGUGCUUCUCCUCACGCCUCAUCCCGCAUUUGAUCCGUUUUCCUUUUGAUUAUCAAUGUGAAAAUCCCGAGUCGAGUGUGUCCCCUGUUGCUCGUUGGUGUGGACCGGAUUCGCCUGCGGUGUGUGCGCGGGAGUCCUGUGGGGGCUUGUUCGUGUGCACACUCAUGCCUUAAGGUUUACAGUCACUACUUGACAGGUGAUGAUUUGACUCUGACUCGACACUACGGCCGUCGCUUCUCGCCUCGCGUGUUUGGAAAGCCUUUAAAGGUGCAGUAGGGACGCGGAGCGGACGGGUGAGGCGCGGCGGUCCUCCUCCAGAGUCCCGUACUGCGAGUCCUGCACCUCCUGACUGAUGUGCUGAAGAAGUCGCAGCUCUCAUCAACAUUCCUGACAGUUUCCGUAUCGCUGAGACCACUUCAGAUUGAGGAUUUUCAGGGUGUUUUUAUUCCUUGUUAACGUGGUUACCGGGUGCCUCAGAGGCGGCGCUCGUCUCAGCUCGGUUGCGUUUUCCGCAGGGAUUUUCCAAGAAGCGGGACGGCUUCACACCUGAGAGCCUCCGUCAUAUCCAGCGAGCAGCUGCUCAGGGUUCAGUGGGUUUAGUGCCUUGCUCAGCAGCACUUGCUUCUUGGAAAAGAAACCCCGCGGGGCUUUCUGCAGUGAGCAUGCGGGGACUGAGGUUUGUUUUGGUGUCAACAGGAUCACUACUGACCAAGCAGCCUGCUCUGAAACAUGUGAAGUGAACUCACUCUCUGAUGGACUGUUAGUACUCACAUGUUGGGGAAAAGAAAAACUGAUUUUGUUGCAGUGUUGACGGCUUUUGUCAAACGUCGGAUUGCAGCUGCGGUUCCUGCACCAUCUUGUUUUUGUAAACUUCACUGCUAUUGUAAAAAAAAACAAACAAACAACAUAGACUUCACUUUGCAAAUGUUACUUUUUUUUAUUUUAUUUUUUCUUUUGCAAAUACAGAUUUUGUAAAAGUCA